AGUCUGAGAGACAUAGUGCGAAAGGCUUUAGUCGUAUUGUAUCCGAACCGCGAAGAGACGGCAAAACUUACUACGAGUUUUUUCCAAGGAGCAAUAUAAGCUUAACUCAGCCUAAAUUCAACGAUUUGUGAUCAAAUCUCAUGUUAAAUGCGGUUUCAAUGUUUCAAAGGAGCAGAACACUUUUUCUGUGCAGUGCGUUUAAAGGACAGCGGAAUUAAAAUGUUGUCAGGCUAAUCACAAUUCAGAGGCGGCAGGCUGUCGGCACGUUAAAUCCACUUGUUUCGUUGGAUCCUACUGCUUAGACGAGUAAGUGUAGGAUUUAUUUCUUGGUGUGGAACGUUACCUCAUAGCUUUAAAGGCACCUGCCUUGGGAAUUUUGUUGGGGCAUUACGGUGCAGCCACGCCGAGGAACAGGCACCGCGCGACGGCAGCUAUUCUCCGGCUUAGCUCGCCUGGGAUCGAGGCCUUUUCGCUGAGGCGACAAUGCUUGACAUAAUGUCCGAGCACCAAGAUUCGCUGUUGACGUGUAAAACAGAAUCUCUGCCCCCAGAGCGGAAAAAGAGGACUGUGGAGGACUUCAACAAGUUCUGCAGUUUUGUCCUGGCAUAUGCUGGUUAUAUCCCGAGUCCAAAAGAGGAGAGCUCAUGGUCCCCAACCUCAUCGAGCUCUGGUCACAGCUCAGGACUCUCAGCAGACGGAGGUGGUGGAGGUAGCAGCAGCUCCAUGGGCAACACAUGGACAGAUGGCACCUCUGACAUCCACACUAUUCACACGUUUGUUCGUAAAGCACGAGCUAAUAAGGGGAAAAAUAUACGCCGUAUGCACUCUGACAGCACUCUGCUGGACAAAAUGCGGCUUAAGGACUCGCUGUAUGAGAGCCAAGUCGGCACCAAGGCGGAGCGCAAGAAGGACAAAAAGCUAAAGAAGUUGUCACUGGGUUCUACCAUGACGGCAGCAGACAGCGGCAGCAGCGAGAGCGAGAAAAGAGCCCGAAUCAAACGAAGCAAAAACUCAAAACAGCCUAAAGCAAAGAAGCUGAAAAGUUCAGCUACUCAGAGCGAGACAGACUCAGAUGCACGUCACAUGCACACAGAGGUACAAGCCAUCAGAGAGGAGCUGGACGUGCACACCAGCUCCACGCCAAGCGUGCAGGGUCUUGGAAAGUUGCAGCCAGACGAGUCCAUAAGGGAAGGAGACAUGAGCUCCAGUGAGGGUGAGACUUGGAUUGCAGAUGAAGACAUUAUGGUGGAGUCAGGGGACGACUCAUGGGACCUGAUCACUUGUUACUGUGGGAAGCCCUUCGCAGGACGUCCCAUGAUUGAGUGCAACCAGUGCGGCAUCUGGGUUCACCUGUCGUGCGCCAAGAUCAAGAAGUCCAACGUCCCUGACAUCUUUUACUGCCACAAAUGCAGAGACACAAGGCGGUCGGGACACAAAAAAGACCCUUAGGACAGUCAGGGACUGCAGGACGGAACUGGGAGUGUUCCACUUCCCUUCUACCUGUCCCCGACAUGUCUUUUCUUUGAUGCCUGCAGCCAAAACAGCCUGAAUUAUCACCUGGGAAAGCAACUAUAUUGUCAGUCCGACAGAUUUAUUUUGACAAUCACAACAGUUUUAUUUUAAAUUUAUUCCCCCUUUUCUGUUUGGAUUCCAUGGUCUUUUUUUUUUUAAUUUGGCUACAGUAAAAAGUGAAACUACAUGGUGUUUAAGAAUCAUUAAUUUACCAAUCAUCUCUUGUAUCAGUUGAUAAUUAAAAGCUUUUUUGUGGUUUUAGAGACACAAUGUCUCUCAUUUAUUUGGAUUUGUAUCAUAAAGUUCAAAGGGCAGCUCCUUUUACUUUUCAUCCUAUUCAGAGUUUACUUUUUUUUAUCAUGAGUGGAUAAAAUGGAAAUUGAAUAUAAGAACUUUUUUUAUGCCUUGCCCAAACAUUUAUUUUUGGGUCUAAAUGGCUAAAAAGUGUUUUUCUUUUUCAAAUUGCACACAGACAAGCGCACUUUUUUUAAACUACACAUCCUUGUACCAAUGCAGUAAGGGUGGUACUGGAAGAGGAUGAGUUACAGCUAGUUCAACCUGUAGCUUUUUGAUUUAGCGCUUAAUUUUUUUGUUCUCCCGCGUUCUCACUUGUUACUAUCCACCAUUGAUAGCCAGUUAUCCUGACCGACAUAUACGUUAGCAAGCUGUUCCAUGUUGACAUUUCUGCAUGUGUUCAUUCUUUGUUUUCCCAACCCAUCAUUUAUGACGAGUUUUGGCAGUAGCUUCAGAAUGUCCGAAAUCAGAGAGAGCUCCCUCUCACCAGGGCUUUGUUUAUGAAUGGUUGCAAAAUAUAUUUUGUUUUCUCUUGUUUUAUUUACACGUUUAUUUCUUGGAGAACUUUUGAGACACAAUGGAGAGCAGACAUACGUUUGUUUGUUCGUUCUCCGUGGAGGUUGUGGCGUAUUUCUUUUUUGUUUAUGUUGUUUUCUUUUAUUUGUGGGAGAGUCUUUGGUGAGUCUCCAGUAGCAGUUGCACUCUGUCUCACUCGCUCUGUAUACAACAUAAAGAUCUGUGUACAUAUCAUGUUUCUUCGAAGUCUGUAAAUAUGUUAAAGUGAAGAGAGGAAAUACCCGAGCAAAAAUCUAUAUUUUCUGCCGUCUGACAUUGUUUUCUUUGAUUGUAGCUUGAAGAAAUUAAAGUCUUUGGGAACAUAA